AACCCCGUACAUCCGUACAGCAGCUCUUGGUGACUGUCAGCUGUGAAGCAGGUCUGCAAACACACAUACACGCCCUGGUUACGAGGUGGGCAAACUUUUAUAGCCUUUUCGCCUCAUUUUCGCUUCUGCUUUUGGGAUUAAGGACGCGUUCUUGCUUCUCUUCGCCACUCUCGGAACCUGAGCAAAGAUGGAUAAGAGUCAGCACGUGCAGAAGGCUAAGCUGGCGGAGCAGGCCGAGCGCUACGACGACAUGGCCGCCUCCAUGAAGGCCGUGACGGAGCUGGGAGAGGAGCUGUCGGACGAGGAGAGGAACCUGCUCUCCGUGGCCUACAAGAACGUGGUGGGCGCCCGUCGGUCCUCCUGGAGGGUCAUUUCCAGCAUCGAGCAGAAGACGGACGGCAGCGACAAGCAGGCGAUGGCCAAAGAGUACCGGGAGAAAAUCGAGUCGGAGCUGCAGUCCAUCUGCACAGACGUGCUGCACCUUCUGGACAAGUUUCUGAUCCGCACCACGUCUCCGGCGGAGAGCCAGGUGUUCUACCUGAAGAUGAAGGGAGACUACUACCGCUACCUGGCGGAGGUUGCCACGGGAGAAGACAAAAAAGACAUCAUCUAUAAGUCGCAGGAAGCGUACCAGGCUGCGUUCGAUAUCAGUAAAGACAACAUGCAGCCCACUCACCCCAUCCGACUCGGCCUCGCGCUCAACUUCUCCGUCUUCUUCUACGAAAUCCUCAACUCUCCAGAGCAGGCCUGCGAACUCGCCAAGAAGGCUUUCGACGAUGCGAUUGCUGAACUUGACCAGUUAACUGAGGACUCGUACAAGGACAGCACGCUCAUCAUGCAGUUACUAAGAGACAAUCUGACACUGUGGACCUCAGACAAUCAGGCCGACGUUGAGGACACGGAAGAGGGCCGAGAAAACUAAGGCCAGAAACCCCUGUCAGCGCUUCAAAGAACACUGAGAGACUUGCUCUCUACUCCUCACCAGCCUCUGCCGUCUGCGUGUGUGUGUUUGUACCAGAGUGUGACUGAGCGAGUGUGUGUGAGUGUGAGUAAUUUGGGCAGGGGUCUGUCUGGAGAUCUUACGGUUCCUCUGGCACAAAAGUAGGGCUGCACGAUUAUAAACAGCACACAAUAUUGCGGUUAAUUUGCUACGUAUUGCGUUUGUGAUACGCCUUGCAGUGUACAGUCAUGUGCAACAUGGUUUGUUCGUCCUCUGCAGAGACACUUCUGCACAUUUUAAUACACAAUUACUGCUCAUUUACUGAAUUUAACAUACUGGAAACAAAUAAAACGUGGCCUGUGUAAAAGCUGUGGCACUUAUACAUUUUUAUAUGUAUAUUUGUUUUUUGCAAUAUGUUAAACUUGGCAAAUGAAUAGAAACCGUGUAAUAAAAUGUGCACAAAAUGUCACAUUUAUGUGUUGAAAUUUUUGCAUACGACUGUAUUAAAACUAAAUUGGCACAUUUUUGAUGGUGUUAAAAAUCUGGCAUUAGUGUGACCCAAAAUCAUUCACGUUUGUCAGAUGUUUUGAAUAAAUUAUAGACAAUGUGAGCUCAUUUGCAUAUUGGAACGUAGGGCUGAACAAUUUUUGGGACCAAUAUUGUGACUGGGGUGAAAAUUUUGUGAUUAUUUUCUCUAAUUUAAAGUCCAAGGCCUGUUAAGUCCACUUUUUUGGCUUCAGGCUCAAACACUGGACCCAGCCAGUUAGUUGUAGUUGUGAUGUCAUCAUGUUUGGUUGCUCCUGAUUGGUCUAAUUCAUCUACAAGCAGUUGAUAUGCUUCUUAGGUUAAAACACACUGCAAAUGUGGCCAUAAUAGAAAGCUACACUUUUAAAUUUGCGAUUCCAAAAUAAAAGUGAUGAAUAUUUCAGCUCUGCUUCUGCGAUAUCGGUAUCGCAGUGACUAUUAAGAAUCGAUAUAUUGUGCAGCCCUACACAAAAGCGAGGGAGAGGGUGUUUUUUAGUAAAUGUAUGUAUAUGUGCUUCAUAUUUACGUGAAAACAUUGACGGAUCUGUGGUUUACACCCAGAAACCAACGUGAACGAGUGAGUGAGUGAGUGAGAGUGAGUGAGCUUGUUCAGGGGUGUGUUUAGACAUUGGGCUGGCGUGGGCUUUAGACUGCAGUCGUGUUCCUUCACAAGUCAUGAAAUGAAACAUUUUUGAGGGACAGAAAAGGAUGUUUGUCCGUUUUUCUUCCGGUUCGUUUCUCUACAUGAUGUGCAUCGCCUUUUUUUCCGAGGUACAGCACGAGUGCAAACGAGGACUUGAUGCAUUUUGUUGCUUAUACUGUAACUUUUCAGCAGUAAGACUUUUACAUGAGCUUGCUUAUCUAUCUAGUCACUGUUAGGAGUGUUUCUUUUUGUACUACGUUUUUUUUUGGUCUUUUGAUACUCGCCUAGAAUGCAUGUGGCGGAGGGCAGUUAAUCAGGGUAAACGGAGGUUGUCGCUGUUUGGGCUAGCUACAGUAGAGUCGUGUCUUUUUCAUACAGAACACCAAGCGUAAUUCUUCAUUCUUACUGGGGCGGGACGUGAUUUCAGUGAAAUAAAACGAAGACACAAUG